UUUAUAAAUACUAAUAAUAAACUUAUCAAUCAUUCCACUAAACCACAUUUAGAAUAUGAAAAUAUUGAAAACGUUAUUCAUUGGCCUACAUAACAGGACAUUGUACCGUAUCAAGUUACUUUUGUCAAGAUAAGGGAUAUAUAAUGCAAUGGCUAAAUCCUUAGAAAUUAUUAAAUGCACAUUUUUUGUGAUUUCAUCUAUAGUUUCAAGUACUAUUUUCUUUGGCCUAAUACUAGAAGAAACUUUCCGUGAGUAUGAAAUAGAUAAUGAUUACAACACUAAUAUCAAAGAGCGAAUUUCUCAAGCAAAAUCAAGCUUUCCUGUCAUAAGCCGUGUGAAACUUCCAAACCAUGACCAAGAAGACCCGGAAUUAGUGAAGGAUCUGAACUCUAAAAUACUUCCUCCAUGUUCAAGCUCUAAGGAAUACAAACUAUACCAGAAUGAGCGAGGUGGGAUUGGAAAAUUCGAACAUAUUAGAAAACUGACAAGCACAAAAGCGGAACGAUUUUUCCUCGAGUGUGGCGCGAGAGAUGGGGUAUCUCUCUCCAACACUCUGUAUCUGGAAAAAAAUCUUUUCUGGAAAGGUCUACUGGUAGAAGCUGACCCUGCUCAUUUUGAAAAUAUAAUCUCAGUUCAUCGAAAAGCAUGGAUCGCUCCUGUAUGUAUGAGUUUGAACACUUCAGCAUACGUCGCUCACUUUAAUUCAUCGUUAUCUUUUGAGGGAAAAAUUCUUACAAAUGAAACUAAAGAUGACAUGGUGCAGGUUGUUUGUUAUCCAUUUUACACUUUCAUACUCGCAAUGAACAUUAAGAAAAUUGAUUAUUUCAGCCUGAGUGUUGCGGGCCACGAGAUGGAAAUUUUAGAGACCAUUCCCUUUGACAGGGUUGACAUUGGGUUCGUUUCCGUGAAUGUUUCUUACUCUAGAGGGGGUUCUAGAGGUGUUACAAAUUUCAUGACCCGUCACGGGUAUGAAUUGGUAAAGGAGUUUCCUCCAAGUGAGCUUCUAUUUGUACAUAUAGACGAGGAUUACUGGUGAAGAUAUCUGUAAAACAGUAAUUUUGUGUUAAAUAAUGUUUAUUUCAUAACUCUCCGUUUAGUCACUGUGAUAAUGAAUAAUUAAAUAUUAAUGGAAG